AUGGUGAAAAAGAAAAUAGAUAACCGUAUACGUGUGAUGAUAGAAAAUGGCGUUAAAUUGGGCCACCGUACAAUGUUCCUGCUUGUUGGUGAUAAAAGUCGGGAUCAGGUACCCAUUUUAUAUGACAUGCUUGUAAAAUCAACUGUAAAAUCACGACCAACAGUAUUGUGGUGCUACAAAAAUAAAGAUGAAGCUAUAAGCAAUCAUGGAAGGAAAAGAGCAAAGAAAAUAGCAGCAGGAAAGCUGGACGUAUCCGAAGAGUCAUUGUUUGAUGCAUUCAGAGUAGCUACAACUAUUCAUGGAAGGUACUAUUCAGAAAGUCAUGCCAUGCUUGGACAGACAUAUGGCGUAUGUGUAUUGCAGGAUUUUGAAGCAUUGACACCAAAUUUAAUGGCUCGUACCAUUGAGACUGUGGAAGGAGGGGGGCUAAUUAUUUUCCUUCUCAAGACUAUGGAUUCGCUUAGGCAAUUGCAUUCCAUCACUAUGGAUGUCCACUCCAGAUUUAAAACAGAGGCAUAUGAUACAGUGGUAAAUAGAUUCAAUGAGCGUUUCUUGUUGUCUCUUGCGGAUAACCCCCGUUGCCUGGUGCUAGAUGACUCGCUCACUGUAUUGCCUAUUUCAUCGAAGACAGCUCAAAUUGAACCUGUUGAUGUUGUUCCCGAGAAAAUAAAUCCAAAACUGACUGACCUGAUUUCUUCUCUCUCCGACACUCCGCCGGCCGGUCCACUAGUCGCAUUAUGUCGCACGUACGAUCAGGCCACGGCGCUCGUUGCGCUCAUAAACACGCUUGCAGACAAACAAUCAAGGCCACCACACUGCCUUACGGCCGCCAGAGGGCGCGGCAAAUCCGCUUGCCUCGGGCUGGCGGUGGCGGCGGCGGUGGCCCUGGGCUACGUCAACAUUUACGUGACGUCACCACACCCCGAGAACCUGGUCACACUGUUCGAGUUCGUGCUGAAGGGGCUCGACGCCUGCCUGUACCAGGAGCACAUAGACUACAACAUCGUCAGGUCGACCAACCCGGACUUCAAGAAGGCGAUAGUCAGGGUGAACGUCGCCAGGAACUCGAGGCAGACGGUCCAAUACAUAACGCCGGACGACCACUCGCUGCUCGCGGCCGCCGACCUCGUACUAGUCGACGAGGCGGCCGCGAUCCCGAUCGCCCACGUGUCGGCCGCCGCCCGCAAGGCGCCGCUCGCGCUGCUCUCCUCGACGGUCUCUGGGUACGAGGGCACCGGGCGGUCGCUCUCGCUCAAGCUGUUCGCGCAGCUGCAGACGGAGCACGACGCCCCGCCGCCGAUAGAACUCGAGGAGCCGAUCAGGUACCGAACCGGCGACCCAGUGGAGCGCUGGCUGAAUGCGCUGCUAUGCUUAGAGGCGCCGAGCCCAUCGAUGGGCGUGGGCGCCCCGCCCCCCGCCUCCUGCGAGCUGCUGCGCGUCAACAGGGACGCGCUGUUCUGCUACCACAAGGCGGCGGAGGCGUUCCUGCACCGCCUCGUGGCGAUAUACGUGGCCAGCCACUAUAAGAACAGCCCGAACGACAUACAGCUGUUGGCGGACGCGCCGGCGCACUGUCUGUUCGUCCUUCUCGCUCCCACACCGGCGAUGACCACGUCGAUGCCCGAGGUGCUCUGCGUGGUGCAGAUGUGCCUCGAGGGGAACAUCGCCGACAAAACGGUGCGCGACAGCCUCGGCCGCGGGCGGAAGGCGGCCGGAGACCUCAUCCCGUGGAACAUCUGCGAGCAGUUCGGCGACAAGGACUUCCCCAAACUAUCCGGCGCCAGGAUCGUCAGGAUCGCGACCCACCCCUUCUACCAGCGGAUGGGGUACGGAAAGCGGGCUCUACAGCAACUGGCCGCCUACUAUUCGGGGGAAAUCCCUUGUCUAGACGAAGAGGCCUCAGAGGAUGAAGAAUUCGCCAAAGGGCGUUCUGACACUCUUCAAACCGAGACCAUAGUACCCAGGACCAAACCGCCGACCCUUUUGAAAAGGCUGACAGAAGUCCGCGCAGAGCAAUUGGACUACUUGGGCACAAGUUUCGGCCUUACGGAGUCGUUGCUCAAAUUUUGGAAAUCUCAGAAAUAUGUGCCAGUUUACUUGAGCCAAAAGGCGAACGAACUGACUGGCGAGCAUUCCUGCAUAAUGCUCCGUUCGCUCUCGGACAGCGCUUGGCUGUCUGCAUACAGCUGCGACUUCAGGAAGCGGCUGUCGAGACUUUUGGCGAGGUCCUUUAGAAGUCUGCCUUCCUCGCUGGCGCUCAGCGCUCUGCUCAAUGACAACGUAAAGAUAGAGAAGCCCGCUCUGACGAAGGAUCUGAUGUCCCAGCAGAUGACCAGCCAUGACUUGGGCCGGCUGGAGGCCUAUUGCAGGCAGCAGGCGGACUACCGUCUCAUCACCGACCUGCUCUGCCCAUUGGCAAAUCUAGUGUUCCACACCAAAGCGCCGAUCAAGUUGGAUGCCGUGCAACAGGUGAUCUUCGUCGCGAUGGGCUUCCAAAUGAAGGACGUAGACGACAUAGCGUCGGAGCUGGGCCUGCCCGGCUCCCAGAUCCUCGCGAAGUUCUACGAGGCGUGCAAGAAGAUAAACGCGGCCGUGAACUCCGUUCUAGAAGACACCGUGGCCAAGGAGAUCGGGAUAGAAGACAAAACCUCCGACGUGCGAACAGACGGACCCUUGAAGCAGAGCUUGAACGAGGAGCUAUCCAAAGCGGCGAAGGAGUUGGAGCGUAAACAGCGCAAAGAGCUGUCCCGCCUGAUGGGCGAAGACCUGACCCAGUACCGCAUCAAGGGCAGCGAUCUCGACUGGAACCAAGCACUCGCCACGUCCAAACAGAAGACUCUCGUAUCCGUUAAAAGCGGCGAGAAACGUUUGGGCGACGACAGCAAAGAAAUCGACGAUCUAAUAGAAUCGCAUUCUAAUAAAAAGAAGAAAAAGAAGAAACACGUCAGAAAU